AUGUCGCGCGCCGACGACGCCGCGCUCGUCCAGCGCGCGCGUGCGACGCGCGAUGAUGAGGACGCGACGAAAACGAACGCGACCGGUCGACGCGGCGCGCGAGGCGCCGGGGCGCGCGUCGAGGGCGCGAACGGGACGCGCGCGCGAGGACAACGGCGCGGGUCGCUCUGGUCCAGGGUGGACGCCGCGCGCGCGCUCGAUCGGGUGUCGUUCGCGCUCAUGGCGUGCGCGCUCUGGGCCAUGGCGCGAUUCGCAUUCGGACGCGUCAUGGCGCCGAAUGGAGACACCGUGGGUGUGCCCGGUGGAGCGGUGUGGAGCGUGUUGAUCGUGUGGGCGUGCGCGCACUUGGGGGGGGCGGGAGCGAACGUGCUGGGUGUGCCAUCGCUCAUCGGGAUGUUGUUGAUGGGUUUGUUGCUACGAAACGUUCCGGGCGAGUUGGUGGACGACUUACCGGAGCGGUGGUCGAGCGAUAUCCGAGCGGCGGGUUUGAGUGUGAUCUUAAUGCGAAGCGGGUUGGAGUUAGAUUUGGAUGCGUUCAAGAGCGUGGGAUGGAUGGCGGCCCGAUUGACGCUCAUGCCGGGAUUGUGCGAGGCGUUGACGUGCGGAUUAUUUUCCAUGUUAAUUUUCAAAAUGUCGUUUCCGCUGGGGAUGUGCUUGGGAUUCAUUCUGGCCGCGGUGUCGCCCGCGGUGGUCGUGCUUGGGAUGUUCGAGCUGCAGUCUAGGGGUUACGGCGUCACGAAGGGCAUUCCUUCGCUCGUCGUCGCGGCGGCGUCGUUCGACGACGUCGUCGCCAUCACCGGAUACACGAUUUUCAAGUCAUUCGCCCUCGGUGGACACGGAAACAUGGCUUGGACCGUGUUGCACGGUCCGGUGGACGUUUUGACGGGCCUCGUCGUCGGUUCACUCGGCGGUGUUUUGUGCGGCAUGACACUCAUUUUGAACGAGCCGUGGAAGCGAUCGUCCAUGAUUUUCGUCCUAGGCAUUUUCUUCAUGUUCAUGGGUAGGCAGUACAACUUCAGCGGAGGCGGCGCAAUGGCGUCGCUCGCCUUGGGCAUCGCGGCCAACAAAUGUUGGUCGACGGGGAAGCCGCUUCCGUCUCUCAGUAAUGGACCAGCGCCCGACGCCGCGCACGCCGCCGAGACGGAUCUCGCAAAGUUGUGGCGUUUCAUUUUUCAGCCACUCCUCUUUGGCGUCAUCGGCACCGCCGUCAAGUUUGAGGACAUCACCCCAUCGACGAUUCCAAAGUCGCUGGGCUUACUCGCGAUAGGAGUUUGCAUUCGUUUGUGCGUGGCGUACUUCUCCGUGGGCGGUGGUAAGAAUCCUCUGACGCAUUUGGAGCGCGCGUUCGUCUCCCUGGCAUGGAUUCCGAAAGCCACUGUGCAAGCGGCUCUGGCGUCCGAUCCUCUCGAUGCCAUCAUCGAUAAUAAUAAGUCGGCGGAAUACGUGGAUUGGGGGAAUGAUAUAUUGACCACCGCCGUGUUCGCGAUCAUUCUCACCGCUCCGGUCGGAAUGAUGAUCAUCUCCUCUCUCGGACCGAAGUGGUUGCAAAAGGAUGAGCGCAAAGCAGUCGUGGAUGACAAGGAAAAUAACGAGUCCACCAUCAACGCCGUCGAAAGAGAGCGCAGGGCCUCGAUCGAACUCGCGGUAAAGGAAUCUUUAGUGGGCAGUGACGAGGACGGACGACGGGCGUCUUUUGAAUUUGCUCCGCGAGCUUCUGGCGGCGGAAGCGUCAAAAGCCUCGAGCAGUUCUUGGAAGAGUCGAGGAGCUUCCGGCGCGAUUCGAGCACUCGAGAACGUGAAGGGAGCAUUCUUGGGAGCGUCAUGUCAGAGGCGGACUCGCAAACGGGUCUGAAGGGGUCGUCGCCUCGAGAGAGGCUCAUCUUUCAUCUCGCCACGCUCCGCGAACUCGCGAGCGACUCGCCGAACAUCGCGCCGGAGGAGCUCAAGAUCAUCCAGGACGCCUCGGACGCGAUCGAGGAGAUCAUGCAGGAGUACUUGCCGCGCACGCGCCAAAUUGAUACCCCAGGUCUGUUCUUCCGUCGAACGUCGGCCACGGCGGCGCAAUUGGAUCUCCCUGCGCCCGAGGAGUUUGACGAAGAAAUCGUCGCCGACGUCGUCGUCACGCCGGGCCAGACCCCUCGCUCACCCGAUCCCGACGAUGAUGACGACGACCGACCGCAUUAUUUCGCCGGCGACGACGACGCGGUGUGA